AUGCAGGACACCUGGGUCCUGGUCACACUCACCUUGAUCUUUGGCCUGCUUCCCAGUCUCCAAGGAGUAAGCAUCAAUGAGACUGUAAACACAUGUGACAUCUUAAGCUGCCCCAAAGGAUUCAGAUGCUGUGACAAUGAAUGCUGUCUAGAAAGAAAGGUCUGGAAUCCUCAAAAUGAUCUCUUCAACAUCCUGUUCAUCAUCUUAUCGAUCCAGUUACUCCUUCUGUACUUUGGCUGCCUAGUGUGGUACUUUUGCUCCAAGAACAGAGAACUACAGCAUGAUGUCAGAACAUCAUAUCAUCAGGCUCCUCAAGACCCACCCUCCAGUGUUCACCUAGGUGAACAAUGCAUUUGCACCACCUCCUUGGAUCCCGAACCACCCUACUUUGAGGUUUUUCUGAUGCCAAAUCUCACAGAACCACCUCCUCCCUCCAGCCUCAGGUCUGAGGGCCCUGCUGCCCAGAUGAGAGGGACUGGCUAUGCAAUGCUUUGA